AUGAAAUGGGAGUACAGGGAAUUACAGGCUACUGCUAUGUCGGUUGAUUAUUCAGGAAAUAAUGUUUUGCUAGCAGGACGUAGAUGGUUGGCUAUAAAAUACAUCAAUUUAGAUGAUGAUACGGCUGGAGACAUUGUUAAAAAGUAUCCCCGUCAUAGUAAAUAUGACGCCGCUGGAGCAGAAUGGUGUCAAACCUACCAAGGAAAAAAUCUAUGUGCCAUUGCGAGUAAUCAGCGAGUAGAUGUAUAUGAUUGGCGAGCAGGUAAUGAUCUUACAAGUAUAUGUUCUUUGCGUGGUCACACCAGGGUGGUCAGUGAUACACAUUUUCACAGGCAAGACCACAAUCUCAUUGCAACCUGCUCCAUAGACACUUUCACACACUUAUGGGAUUUGCGAGAUGCAAGAAAACCUAUCAUAUCCUUGUGUGCAGUUGCUGGAGCUUCACAAGUGCAAUGGAACAAAGUAGCCACACACAUAGUUGCUACAGCACAUGAUGGGGAUAUAAAAAUUUGGGAUUACCGUAAACCAGCUUCACCAAUACAUUAUAUUUCAGCACACUUAUGUAAAAUUCAUGGAGUGGAUUGGAGUCCACAUCAUGAAUACCAAUUAGUAACAUCUAGUCAUGAUGGGAGCAUAAAAUAUUUUGAUAUAAAUAAUGCCAGAAGACCUGAAAACAUUAUAAUGACAAAUUUUCCAGUCUGGAGGGCAAUUUAUACUCCAUUUGGAAGCGGAUUAUUAACUAUCGGAGUAGGAUGGGGAGGUUUACCUAGAGUCGACCAGGCAGGGGUAAUUGGUAUCUGGGUAGGUGGCACAUUGACCCAUAGAUUAGUAGGACAUACAGACACUGUUCAAACUAUGGCUUGGAGACCAAAUACAUCUCCGUCAAAUUACCAAUUAAUAACAUGGGGAAGAGAUCAGUCUCUAAGAAUUUGGACAAUGCAUCCAUCUUUACUAAAAAUGUGUUCACACUAUUUACCAGAUGAUAUGGACCAUGAAGAAGACAACAACAGUGAUUCAGUUAGCUAUGCAUCCACAGUUGGCUCUAUAAAUGAUCUUUCAAUAACUGAUAAAGGUCAAGAUAUCCAAAUGAACAAAAUAUCGCACAAAGUAACCACAUCAAUAGAUGAAGAAUUUGAAUCAAUCCGUGAAAUGGCAAACAUUGAAGUUACUGAUAUGAACAUAGAGACACGAACAUGUCAAAUCCACUCAGAACGGAAUGGUUACAUUGCUAACUUGCAAGUGACAUUUCCUAGAAAUGUUACUGAACAGACUAUUCCAAAGUUCUCAUGGCUAUCUGGAACUAAUGUUGACAGUGCAACUACCAUCAAAAUCUUACAGGCGAUUAACAAAACGGCUUAUCGUAAAAAGAAAGAAGGGCACAGAUGUCUCUUACAUUGCUUAAAAACAUUGGCUACAUCUGUUGAUGAGAUUCCAGUUAAGUCGAAUGAUGAUUCGGAUUCAAUGAAAUCAAGCCAAAGAAGUCAGUCAGAGAGUGAGAAUGCUGGGGAUUCUUGCAUUCCUUUCCCUCGUACAUGUGGUGCCAAGUGGUGCGGUGUCAGCACUCUAGUGGUUUUCAAUCGACCUGCGAAUGCGAGACGUCUUUCAUUGAAACACGAGACUGGAACUCCACGAUCAAUGUCAUCUUUGUCCUUAACACCUGGAUUAUUCAGUGGAGGCUUUAGUUCCGUAUCACCACAUGCAACUACUACGCCAUCUCCGACAAAUGCAUCUGGUUUCCCACAAUUACAUCACAGACAUGCAUCAAAUUCUAUAACCACGUUCUAUUUUCAAGAUAGAUGGAAAGCUCAAAGUCGCCGAGCAGGUAACAUACGCAGUCGGGGCAGUAUUUCCGGCUGCUCAUCACCUCGAGUAGUGUUGUACGCUGCUAAUAAUCUUUUCCCUCUUAACCGAUCACUGGCAGAAAAAUACAAUAUCAACGCAGAUAAUCCAGUAGAUAUGUGUGAAAAGAAUGCAAAAGUGGCCACCGAGGAAGGUGAGAGCGAUCUUGCGCAUGCGUGGGGAUUAGCAGCGCUUGCUGCUCGAGCCUUAUCUGCACGGCUUACUGAUCACAUGAUGUCCAGUGAAGAGAGUAUGGGCUGGGUCGGACAUCCGCUUUGCUGCAACCUCGUUCAAGCACUGAUAUCUCACUAUGCUAAAGCUUCUGAUGUACAAAUGGCAGCAAUGUUGGCGAGCGCUUUUGCUGUUUUUAAUGACACCAACAGUUCAAGUUCACAGUCUACCAUUAGCACAUCGAGUUGCGGCAAUGGAACUUCCCCAUACAGCACUAUGAAUCAGUAUAGUGAAAUAAGCGCAGAUGGGUGGACAUUACCGAUCAUAUUUCGAAGUAAUUCCUGUUCGGAAGCAGAGAACUUCCACACAGAUUCAACCUUGUCUAAAUCAGAGCCAGUUUCUUCGUGCGUACUAGAUGAAGCUACAGUCCACCUAUACAAUUGCUUUAAGCGUGUUUACGCGGAUAUACUACAUCGUUGGCAGCUUCUCUAUAAAAGAACAGAGGUGAUGAAGCAGGUGUCGGGGCGCGGGUGUGCGGGCGCGGGCGGCGGCGUGUGCGCGACGGGCCCGGAGGCGGUGUGGCAGUGUGCGUGGUGCGGGCGCGUGUGCCGCGCGGGCGCGUGCGCCGCGUGCCGCCGCGCCGCGCUGCGCUGUGCCGUGUGCGCACUCGGCGUGCGCGGCCUCGCCGUCGCCUGCGCGCUCUGCGGUCACGCCGGCCACGCGACCCACCUACUCAACUGGUUCGCUCAUCAUGACAACUGUCCAACUGGAUGUGGUUGCAAAUGCGUCAUCGAAGGCACAUCCGUGUGGAAAGGAGUAAAAUAUGCUUAG